CUCAUCUUCAGAUGCAACAAAACCGUAUACCCGAACAACAAGGCGUGGGUCAGACCUUACCUCCUGUACCUGUUGGUAUCGACACCAUGAACUCACCACCUUUACCUCCGGGUGCUAUGCCAGCUGGUACUCGUCUUCAAGUAGGGAAAUAUCAAGUGAUUGUACACAACUUUAUUGCAGAAGGUGGUUUUGCCCAUGUCUAUAUUGCUCGUAUUGAAGGAAAAUCAGGCUAUGUGGUAUUGAAAAGAGUGGCUGUUCCUGAUGGAGAAAGACUCAAGAUGGUAGAGAAAGAGAUUGCGUUUAUGAGACGACUUGGGGAUCAUAAAAAUAUUGUGCGCUAUUAUGAAUCGAGAAUUGAUCCGUUGUCUGUAGGUGGAUUUGAAGCGCUUAUUUUGAUGGAAUACUGUCCUGGUGGUGGUGUCAUUGAUCUGAUGAACAGAAGAUUACAACAGCGACUGACUGAACCUGAAAUCUUAAAGAUCUUUAGUGAUGUAGCAGAGGCAUUGGCUUAUAUGCAUUACUGUAAUCCACCUGUCUUACACAGAGACUUGAAAGUAGAGAACAUUUUGAUUUUGAAUCAGGACCAUUACAAAUUAUGUGAUUUUGGUUCUGCUUCAUUGUCAAGAGGAAACUAUAUUCCAACUACAUUACGUGAUGUACAGAAACUAGAAGACGAUAUUCAACGCCAUACAACCCUUCAAUACCGUGCACCAGAAAUGAUUGAUGUCUACCAAAAGAAACCAGUGAAUGAAAAAGCAGAUAUUUGGGCUAUGGGUGUUUUGCUUUACAAACUGUGUUAUUAUACAACACCUUUUGAAGAAGAAGGUCAAUUGGCGAUUCUGAAUGCACGCUACACUAUACCUUCUACACCCAUGUUCUCAGAAGGGUUGUGUCGAUUGAUUGUGUCUAUGUUACAAGAAGAUCAACACCGUAGACCGACUAUUUAUCAAGUAUUGAAUGCAGUCUGUCAUUUAAGAGGCAUGGAAUGUCCUAUUCGAGAUAUUUAUUCAGAACCUAUCAUGACACCUGCUCAACAACAACAACAACAACAAGCCAUUUUUGAAAAAAUAUCUAGUCCUGCUCAAGAAUUACCUCAUAUUACACCUAUGCGUCGAGGUAGACCUACAAAGCCUGAAAGGAACAGUACACAAGAAUCCUAUGAUCCCUUUGAUCCAUCGCAUAUGAAUAAACAGUCAACAACAACAACAACAACACCACCACCACCACCACCAUUACCUGUGCAUGAAUCUUCUACUUUUCAAAAUAGUUUUAUACCUGAAACAUCAUCCUCAUCUCCUCCUUCUUCUUCUUCUUCUCCUCCUUCGCGUGUACAGAGUGCUCCCUUGACACAUCAUACAGCACCAAAACCUCAAAUGGCUACUAAAAUACUACAAUCACAACCUAAUUCACCUGUCAGUUCAAAUCAACAACAAGAAACAGAAGAAACAGAAGAAAGCAUGCCUAAAAUCAAUCGUAAUGUAUCUUCUAGUAUUGAAGCUCGAUUCAUGGCCAUUAAGAACGCAAGCAGAAACACACAGUAUGUGAAGCCUACACCUACUGUCAGUACAAGCACAAGCAAGAAAAACAAGCCUGCACCACCACCUAAACCUGCCCGACGAGUUUGA